GUGAGCCCUGGUGAAAAGUGGGAAAAGUGCUCCCGGAGAAUUAUGGCAUUGUAUCUUAUCAGGGGAAAGGGAGUAUACGGAAAUUCGCAACUACGUUUUUACUGCUCAACCAUGAAGAAAGGACUAGUGCUCGGAGUCUACGAUAUAGAAAAUAAAGACGAUUCUGCAAAGCCAAUCCUAACACCUGCAGCUAUCAAAUACGAUCAAACUUGUAAUGGAAAGCUACUCAAACAGAUCCAGUUAGCUGGACCACAAAUCAAGAAAUCAGAAACGAGAAUUUUCUGGGGACUUGAUGACUCUUUCACCGCUAUCGCGGUUGUUGGACUUGGAAAGCCAAAUCUUGGAAUCAAUGAGCUCGAAGAAAUUCAUGAGGGCAAGGAAAAUGUUCGUUCUGCCGCUGCCGCGGCUUGCAAAGCUUUGGAUUCCGCAGAAAUUAAAGACAUCAGCAUAGAAGCUCUCGGAGAUGCUGAAGCUACAGCCGAAGGUUCAAUUCUUUCUUCUUGGUUUUUCCAGGAGUACAAAAACAAGGAAAAGAGAAAAGUCUUUCCAAAGGUUUCCCUCUAUGGAAACGAAGGAGAAAAAGAAUGGAAGGUUGGACAGAUUAAAGCCGAGGCUCAAAACUGGGCGAGAAAACUCUCGGACACCCCAGCUAAUUUGUUGACUCCUACGAUUUUCGCCGAGGAAGUGAAGAAGGUGCUUGGCAACCUUGGCGUUCGCGUCGAUGUUCGAGACAAGGCCUGGGCCGAGAAAAAGGGAAUGGGAUCGUUCCUGAGUGUUUCUCGCGGUAGCAACGAGGAGCCAAAGUUCCUCGAAAUUCACUACAAAGGUGGCUCCGACCCUCCAAUCGCUUUCGUCGGCAAGGGAGUUACUUUUGACUCUGGCGGUAUAAGUCUUAAGCCAGGUGCAUUGAUGUCUGAGAUGAGAGCUGACAUGGGGGGUGCGGCCUGCGUUGUUGCGGCAAUCAAAGCUGCGGCCGAAUUGAAACUGAAAAAAAAUAUAGUGGGUUUGAUACCUCUAACGGAAAAUUUGCCUUCCGGACAUGCAACUAAACCUGGAGAUUUGGUUACCGCUAUGAAUGGCAAAACAAUAAUUGUUGACAACACGGAUGCUGAGGGACGUCUCAUUCUUGCUGAUGCCUUGUGUUAUGCACAUGAAUUUUCACCAAGAUUUAUCCUAGAUAUCGCAACUCUGACUGGUGCUGUAAGAUUUGCCUUAGGAUCAGCCGCAACUGGUGUUUUUAGUAACAACACGGAGCUCUACGAAUCUUUAAAUAGAGCUGGAAGACUGAGCGGGGACAGAACCUGGAGAUUGCCUUUGUGGCAACAUUUCACGGACCACAUAGCAAAGGCAGAAAAGUCUGCAGAUUUGAAUAAUCUGGCGAAAAAUAGCAAGGCAGGUUCCUGCACCGCAGCAGCAUUUUUGCGGGAAUUUGUUGACAGUAAAAUUCCCUGGAUGCACCUCGACAUUGCUGGGGUGAUGGGGCCUGGUGAGAGUGGACAUGCCUAUAUUCCUGGAGGAAUGACGGGACGCCCAACGCGCACCAUCAUCACCUUCCUCGAGAAGUCCUCCUAAACGCAACACCAUUUUUAUAUACAUAAAAUACUCUUCUUUCCUACGCGCGAUAACUACUAAUUGCUCCAUGAAUUCUCGCCUCGAAAUUCGAAAGAUAGAAGGGUAGAAUUCACUGAUACAUUGUUACCGUUUCCUAACUUUUACAGCAUUUAUGGUCUCUUCAUCUAACUCUCAAACUUCUCUUUUCUUUACUUUACUUUACUUUUUGUUACAUAUUUCGAUGAACGUAAUUAUUUACGUAAGAGCCAAUCAAAGAUAUUCGACUAAUGGAACACAACAUUAGUAUAAAAGAAAAAAGAAAAAAAAAGUAACGUGCCUAUCUUAUAUUAUUUAAGAUACGUUUGUUAAUUGGCAAACAAUAAACAUCGUCUGAAAUUAGGGUAAGGAAUUUUUUUUUUUUAAAGUUUUAGGAUCAGAGUCGAAAAAUCGACGAGAGGCACGAGUCAUUUAGAAUGUUUUUACUUUACAAUGUACCUUUUUUGUAAUAAAUAAUAAUCAGUCGAUUUAUUCUUUA